AUGGACUCACCUCGCGAGGAGGUUCACAGAGAUAUGUUGGCCGACAAGGCCGACGUUAUACACAAGGAAGAGGCUUUGCGGGAGGCAGACCACCAGAUGAGUCCGAUGGAAUGUCUGCGUCAGAACCCAAAGAUUGCUCUUUGGACUCUGUACGCCAACAUUGGAUCAACUCUGGUUGGUUAUGAAAACCUCGCCUUGUCAGUAUGCUUGGCAAUGCCGGCUUUCCAGAUGACCUUCGCGUCUGAAGUCAAUGGACAACUCAUUAUCCCGGCCUACUGGCAAUCGGCAUGGAAUGCCAUGUACAACACUAUGAUGUUCUUCGGCUCGUUCACUGCUGGAUACGUUCAAGACUGGUUCGGCCGUCGUGCAGUUGUCGCCAUGGCUAUUGUUGUUGCUUCAUGCGGCAUUGCCAUCAGCUUUGUGUCAGAGACGCCCUCACAAUUCCUGGGCGGAAAGAUCGUGACUGGUUUCUCCGUCGGCCUGUUUACGACAACAACUCAGACUUAUGUCUCGGAAAUCGCACCUCUUCCGAUCAGAGGUAUCGCGCUUUCGGUGAACACCAUCAUGCUGAACCUUGGCUUCCUCAUCGCCAUUGCGUCUAGUUUCUCUCGAACCGCGAUCAUGGACAAGUCUGCAUUCCGCGUUGUCUUCGCCUCGGCGUGGGCAUUCCCUGCUGUCCUUGCUAUUGGCCUUCCCUUCCUCCCCGAAUCGCCGACUUGGCUGGUCCUUAAGAACAAGCACGAUAAGGCUCGUCGAUCGCUGGAAAAGCUUUCUGGUCCCAAGGAGGAUAUCGAUGCUCGUCUGAGCCAGAUUAUCGAGAACGUCGAGGCGGAGCGUCGUCUUGCCGCCGAGGGCGCCUCUUUCCUCGAAUGCUUCAAGGGCACCAACUUGCGUCGUACUCGCAUCAUCCUCGCCUGCUUCUACAUCCCGCAAGUUACUGGCGCUGUUCUCUCAUCAAACGCCCCUUACUUCCUCAACCAGACUGGCCUUGACAGUCACACGGUCCUCAUGCUGGUUCAAGUCGGUAUUGCUGUUGGACUUGUCUCUGCCAUCUUCAACGCCUUCUUGAUGAUGAGGUUCCGCCACCGCCCCCUCAUGUUCUUCGGUAUCGGCGUGUGCGUCUCCUUGUAUCUCGCAAUGGGCGUGGCUGCCUCGUUCCCCAAGACCAACGCGUCGCUUCUGACAAUCGGCGUGGCGUUGAUUUUCACGUCUAUCUCCUACGGUCCUGCGGUCGGUGCCUCCAUGGCAGUCGCUGGUGAAGUCUCUGCCUCUAAGCUCCGUGCCAAGUCACUUGGUAUUGGUGUGGCUUUCUCUUCCUUCGUCAGCACCAUCUGGACCAUCAUCCUGCCGUAUCUCUUCAACACCGAUCAGCUCAACAUGGGUGGGCACAUUGGGUGGAUUUUCUUCAUCAUGGGCAUCCUGAUGUUCUUGGUCAUCUACUUCGAUGUUCCAGGCACCAAGGGCCGGACGUUUGAGGAGCUGGACCAGAUGUUCGAGAUGCGCAUUUCGGCAAGGAAUUUCGAGAAGUACCAACUCAACGAGGGGCCGGUGGAUACCAAGUGA